UUUUCCUACCAAUUUUCAAUUACUUUAUUUUUAUUUUUUUAUUCACCAAACUAUUAAAAAAACAACACUGUAUAUGAACAUGCCAACGCUCCUCAUAUAUCAGUUUGUCGACAACCUCAAAAAUUCUUAGUUGCCCACUUGAGAAUUUCAUCAUCAUUGUAUCCCAAAAGAGAUUAAAGUUAAGAAAAGUGGAAAAAGCAAGAAACUUGGCAUUUGAUCUUCCCUCUAAUGGAGUGCUGAACUGAACAAGCUCUUCAUUCAGUGUAUCUAUCUUUCCCUUCUUCCUUGUCCAUCUUUACAGGGUAGUUCAUGAGUGACAUACUGCUCAGAUUUCCAUUAAUGUUAUUUUUCACUUCCAACUGAGGUCAAUUUACUUGAAGAUCUUCAUCUAGAAAAAAUGGCAGCUGAGCUAGUCAAUGCUGCAACAAGCGAGAAGCUGGCUGAAACGGAUUGGGCAAAAAAUAUUCAAAUCUGUGAGUUAGUUGCACAUGAUAAAAGGCAAGCUAGAGACGUUGUUAAAGCCAUCAAAAAGAGGCUGAGUAACAAACACCCCAAUACUCAAUUUUAUUCUGUCAUGUUGCUGGAAAUGUUGAUGAACAAUACUGGAGAACAUAUUCAUGAGCAGGUGAUUGAUACAGGCGUUAUUCCUAUUCUUGUGAAACUUGUGAAGAAAAAGUCUGAUUUGCCUGUGAGGGAGAGGAUAUUUCUCCUACUAGAUGCCACUCAAACAUCCCUUGGCGGUGCUUCUGGAAAGUUUCCGCAGUAUUAUAAUGCAUAUUAUGAGUUGGUGAAUGCCGGAAUACGAUUUCCUCAAGGGCCUCAGCCUCAAGUAGUCCAAUCAAAUCACGCUAGUUCCCAACCUAGUACGAUUGGUAAUGUACCAAACAGGGAGCAGGCCUCACCUAGACAUGAAGGAGUUGUUCCGCAAGCGGAGUCCCAGAAUGUUUCUGAACCUAGCAUUCUUCAGAAGGCUAGUAAUGCAUUAGAAGUUCUAAAAGAAGUCCUUGAUGCUGUUGAUGUUCAACAUCCUGAGGGAGCAAAGGAUGAAUUCACCCUUGAUCUUGUAGAACAAUGUUCCUUUCAGAAGCAAAGAGUAAUGCAUCUUGUGAUGACUUCUCGAGAUGAAAGCGUAGUUUCUCGAGCAAUCGAGUUAAAUGAGAAGCUCCAGAGAGUUCUUGCAAGACAUGAUGAUCUCAUUUCCGGAAGAGCCACAACAAAUACUACUUGUCAGAACGUUCUUGCAAGGCAUGAUGAUCUCAUUUCCGCCAGAGGCAGAGCCGCAACAAAUGCUCCUACUCGAAUCGACCACAAUGAAGAAGAGGAGGAGGAAGAGGAGCCGGAACAGUUAGUCCGAAGAUUACGCAAAGGAAAGGCGUGCGCAAGGCCUGAAGAUAAGGACACUGAAACAAACAUCUCUCACUUGGAUUUGCGUGGUGAGAGACUCAAUCGACCUCUUAUAAGAUCAAGACCGCUUUCGUUAGAGCCACCAAGAGAACCUGACACUCGUUCUUCUCCACCUCCCAUGAUCCCACCUCCCCGUCCAAAACAGAACGGGGAGCUUCCUCAUGUGGCGAUUCCACCACCGCCUGCAAAGCAUGUUGAGAGGGAGAAGUUUUUUCAGGAGAACAAGGAUGGCUCUAAUUUGUCUGGCCACAUGAGAGGCCUCUCCUUGCAUAGUCGUAAUGGUAGCAGCUCUCUCAGUGGAAGCUUUGAUUUCAGUGAAUGAAUGAUCUUUGACAACAACAAAAAUCUUGGCUUUUCAUUCUUGUCUAAAUUUGGAGUUGGUAUUUUAAGUUGUGAUAAGUUGGUGAUUUGUGAUCUAGUCUAGUACCUAGGGUUUGGAUAGGGGGGAAAUGGAAAUACACAUCUUGAGUUUAUAUAUUACUUGUAAUUAAUAAAUUUUCUGAGAUCAUAUGUGGUGCAACCGUGCAAGUGCGACUGAUAACUGAUAGUUUAUAUUCCCGAGUUUGUAGAAACUACAUAUUUUUAUUCUUAACCAUUUUGAAACCUUCAAAGACCA